ACAAGAUCCAAUGAACUUGAAUGAACUGGAACCAAAUCUAUAAGCCGCGUCACUUUUUUCUAUUUUAAAAUAACUUAAAUUGCGAAUUUUUGUAACAAAAAAUAAGGUAUUAAAUUGCGCAAAACGCUUUUGUAGAUAAUAACCAGUGAGUGAUAUAGUUGUGUAGUGUGUGCGCAAUCACUUGGAAGAUAAAACUUGGAUAAGAGAUCGGCAAAUCAACGUGCAAAAAAGGACGCCGACGCUGACGCCAACAUAAAUUAGCAUCGCAUUCCCGAACAUCCUUCGCUCAGAUCACAAGCUGACUUCGAUAUACACAAAAUGAGCAAAGACAUUUACUACUCGGAUAAAUACUACGACGAGAAAUUCGAGUACAGACAUGUGGUCUUACCAAAAGAGCUCGUCAAGCUGGUACCCAAAACGCAUCUAAUGACAGAAACGGAGUGGAGAUCAAUUGGGGUGCAGCAGUCGCGUGGAUGGAUACACUAUAUGAUUCACAAGCCGGAGCCGCACAUUUUGCUAUUUCGACGUCCCAAGACGGAGGAGUAGGCGAUCACACAACUGUUAGAUCGCACGCAUUCACAUACACAUACUAACACAUCCACAUGCAUACACACACAUACAUAUAAGCGUUCAGAUACAGCUGACUUAUGAGGCAGCUGCUGUCGCUGUCGCUGCCGCAGCGCAACCGGUGGUAGCUGCACAACUGUUGCGGCGGCGUAAAGGAAAAACACACACAUACAACUUACACAUACACAUGCUGAUACAACUUACCUCCAUUCAACUAUUAUUUUGCACAUGCACUGUUUUGGUUUCAAGUGCUGUUGUUUCCAUUGAUGGUUUUUAAGAUGUUUAUAUAUUGAAUAUGUUGCCAUAUGCUUACGUAAGAGAGAAAGAGAGAGCGUUUAAAAUUAAUCUUUUAACUUGUAACCAUCUGGAUUUUAGAAGUUGUGUUUAUUGCUUUCAAAAUUGCAUUCCGAUUUUAUCAUUAAAUUUGCUAUAGUGCGCCCAUUGUUUUAUAAUAG